AAUUAACUUGAUGUUCACUUGUUAAUAGUGAUUAAGUUAAUUGUUCUUAUAGUGUAACUUCAACAUUCCAUCAUAAAGUAAUUAAUUCAGUUUCCAGUGAUAGAAUAAAAGGAAAAAGAAAACCAGUGUUUAAUUUAUAUUCUUUUUCACUCAUAUUCUAUUCUAUUUUUUUUCUCUUCUCUUCUCUUUUUCUUUUCUCUUUCUCUCUCUACCCAUCAUCAUCAUCAUCAUCUCUGUCUCUUUCUCUUUUCAGCUUGUUACCAAAUCAACACUACAUCAGUAUCAAUGGCUAAAGUUGGCUACUGGUGGAGUGAAAAGAAAACCCAACGAUUUAAUCAACAAGAAUUGGAGCUUAAAUUGUCUGCCAUUGGUUUCAAUCUAGUUAGACUUGAUCUUGAUGAAGAUUUGACCGUUCAAGGUCCUUUUGUUGCUAUAAUCCAUAAACUAUCAGAUAUUUUGAUUAAAGCUGAUUCUGGUGAUGAGAAAGCUUCCCAAAUUAUCAAUGCUUUUCAGAAUUAUGUUAAAUUAAAUCCACAAGUUGUUAUUAUUGACCCUUUGCCCAAUCUUUGGACUCUUCUAAAUCGUUAUGAACAAUACAGAAUAAUCAAGGACUGUCCAUUAGCCUCUAAAGAGGGAUUUUUCACUCCUACAUUUGUGGAACUCACCAGUAAAGAUAGUGAAAUUAAUCGACAAAAAUUGAUUGCUAAUGGUGUUAAAUUUCCAUUUGUUUGCAAGCCGUUGGAAGCACAUGGAGGCUCUUUUGCUCAUCAGAUGUCUUUGAUCUUCAAUGAAAAGGGAUUGAAGGAUAUUAACCCACCUUGUGUUGCCCAAACAUUUAUCAACCAUAAUGCAAAGUUAUUCAAAAUUUUUGUGAUCCAUGAGAAAUAUUUUGUUGUUGAUCGACCAUCUUUAAAAAAUUUCAAGGCUGGAGAUUUUCCAACGCUCCAUUUUGACAGUCCUGAUGUAUCUAAAGCUAACUCAUCUUCUAGAUUAACUGAAUUAGAUGAAGAUGAUGAAGGAGGACCAACUCCAAUAGUUAAUGAUGAAAUUGUCUCCAAGCUUGUAAAUAUCCUACGAACUAUUCUUGGUUUAAAUUUGUUUGGCAUUGAUCUCAUUAUUGAAAAUGAGACAGAUCGAUAUUUGAUAAUAGACAUGAAUAUAUUUCCAGGCUAUGAUGGUGUCACCAAUCAUAUUGAUUUAAUAGCAGAAAUGGUGUCAAGUAUGGUUCGAUCCAAAAAACAAGCAUCCCCAGAGAAAAGUGAUAAUCUAAUUGAAUCUGAUUCGGGUAUCGAUACAUCUGAUUCGUGUGAUGAAAAUAAAAAAGGAACACGUUUGAAUCUUCAACGGAAGAAAAGCUCACUCAAAUAGGGAAUGAUGUUCAAUGAGAUGAUAAAAUUUCACAAAUGAACGGAUGAAAAGGAAUCGCAUGAUAUAAACAAGAUGAUGAACAAGUUUCUCCCUUUCUCUCUCUCUCUCUCUCUUUUGUCUCCCAGGAAAAAAAAUUGGCCAAUAAUUAUUACAUGUAUUUUUUUUGUUUUCUUUUUUGGUAUAACUGCUUAUAUGUUAUUUUGUAUCCAGCAACUUCUUUGUGUAUCAUAUAAUGCAGAUAUUCAUCACCCUUUCCCCGCUGAAAACCACUCGAAUCACGCAAAAAAAUCAAUUAUAAUGAUGCUAACUAAUAUUAAUUAACUUAUCCAAUAAGUUGACUAAUUAAACAACAAAAAUAUCAUUCUCCCUUGAAGUAAACAUUGAGCAACAAAACGGACACUUUUAUUAAUACCUUUCCCGUUGUUUUUUCAUCAAAAAUGUUUGACUUUGCUCUACAUCAACACAAAACUAUUUAAUUAGAAAAUACAAUUUAAGUUUAAAUGUUCAA